AUGUACGUGCUUGGAAGUAGUCGUGAAAACGAACUUGUAUUGGAGUCUCUACUCAACUGUCUCUUUGAUGCUAUUUCGACAGUUCUUCGAAAGAACGUUGAGAAGAAAGCUCUCAUUGAUGCCAUGGACACGUGUAUCUUAAUAAUAGAUGAGAUUUGCGACGAAGGAAUUAUCUUGGAGACGGACCCACAGUCAGUAGUGUCUCGCUGCGCUUUGAAGGCUGACGAAAUCUCGUUCUCCGAUCAAACAUUUUCACAAGUCGGAAUGUCUCUGAUGAGCUCAGCCAAGGAGCAGUUCAAAUGGUCUUUGUUGAAGUAG